AUGAACUUCCAGGUGAUAGGCCUGGGCAAGAUGAAGUUUGACAGUCCAGAGUCCUGCAGGGAGCAGGAGGAGGCUGAGGACGCUGAGGACCAGCAGCUGCUGGCGCCUGAGGCCUGGCGGAUGUACAUGGAGCGGCGCAACGCCCUGCGCGAGUUCCUGGCCUCGGACCUCAGCCCCCACCUGCUGCGGCGCCACCACGCUAGGGUGCAGCUGCUCCGCAAGUGCUCCUACCACCUGGAGGUCCUCCCCAAGCACCUGGCACUGGGUGACCAGAACCCAUUGCUGCUGCCCAGCGCCAUGUUGCAACUCAUCGACCCCUGGAAGUUCCAGCGCAUGAAGAAGGUGGGCACGGCCCAGACCAAGAUCCAGCUGCUGCUGCUUGGGCACCUGCUGGAGCAGUUGGACCGAGGUCGCGCCAUCCUGGACGGGCUGCUCGAGUCACCCGAUCCCCGGCCUUUCCUGGCAGGCUGGAUGCUGGUGGAGCAGCGGCUGGCUGACCUGUCGGCCACGAUGGACAGCUUCCUGGCCAUCAUGGUGCCAGGGCGCCUGCACAUUAAGCACCGCCUGGUGUCCGACGUCGGGGCCACGAAGAUUCCCCACAUCCGCCUCAUGCUAAGCACCAAGACACCGGUCAUAUUCGACCGCAAGGAGUCGGUGGCACAUCAGGACUGGGCCAGCCUGCGCUGGUUUGUCACAGUGCAGCCAGCUGCACCCGAGCAGUUCGAACUGCGCUUCAAGCUGCUGGAGCCACGCACACCACAGGAGUGUAUGCAGUGUGGUGUAAUUCCUGUGGCCGCCUGCGCCUUCGACGUGCGCAACCUGCUUCCUGACCGCACUUACCGGUUCACCAUCAAAAGAGCUGAGAGCUACACGCUGGUGUACGAACCCUGGAAGGACAGCCUUGUCCUGCACACCAAGCCGGGCCUCCAGCCCACCCUGCCCGCACCCUCCGACAGAUGA